AUGAGGGUCCUGGAACUGGCUGCAGAGGACCUGACGGUCAACAAGACAUUACAACAUCUUGACAGGUUCUUCAAGCUCUACCAGAACACUGUGUCCAUGAGGGUGCAGGAACUGGCUGCAGAGGACCUGACGGCCAACAAGACAUUACAACACCUUGACAGGUUCUUCAAGCUCUACCACAGUACUGGGUCCAUGAGGGUCCUGGAACUGGCUGCAGAGGACCUGACGGUCAACAAGACAUUACAACACCUUGACAGGUUCUUCGAGCUCUACCACAACACUGUGUCCAUGAGGGUGCAGGAACUGGCUGCAGAGGACCUGACGACCAACAAGACAUUACAACAUCUUGACAGGUUCUUCAAGCUCUACCACAACACUGUGUCCAUGAGGGUGCAGGAACUGGCUGCAGAGGACCUGACGACCAACAAGACAUUACAUCUUGACAGGUUCUUCAAGCUCUACCACAACACUGUGUCCAUGAGGGUGCAGGAACUGGCUGCAGAGGACCUGACGGCCAACAAGAUUUUAGCUAAGUCCCACUCAGAGAUAUUUGUCAGGAGUGAUGCAGGAUACAAAGACCAGAUCUCGGUAUCCGAGUUCCUCUCGGAGACCACCGAGGACUACAAUUCCCCCACGACUUCCAGUUUCACCACACGGUUGCAGAGCUGUAAGAACACCGUCAAUGUUCUGGAGAAGGUCCCGACGGUGAGGCAGGAGUACAUCAACGCUAAAUACCUGGACCACAAAUUUGCCCACCAGACUGGCAAAGCGGUUCCAGGCAAGCUGUCGGAGGCGGUGCGCUCCCGAGAUCUGCUGUUACUUAUCCAGAUUUAUGCCGAGGGGGCGGAGCUUAUGGAGCCCCUGCCCGAGGCAGGAAAGAUUGACCCCUCACAGCCAAGUCCUGUGAAAAAAGACCGCUCUCCGCGGCCCCAGAGCUUCGGCCACUCCUCCAGUAUGUCCUCCCCUCAGGACAAGCUGACACUCCCGGGGGGUUACACCCCCCACAGGGACAAACAGCGCCUAUCCUACGGGGCCUUUGCCAACCCAGUCUACAACACCUCCACAGACAUGUCUCCCUCACCAGGACCUGACGGGACUACACUACCCAGCAGGACAGCAGGGAAAGGAAGCGUGUCCACUCCCCCGCCUACAAACAGGACCUCACCUGGAAACAAGUUUGAGCAGCAGCAGAGCGCUACCAUUAGUAAUACAAAGUCAACACUUGGUCCAAGGGUUCUACCCAAACUACCUCAAAAAGUGGCACUACGGAAGAUCAACACUAUCCACCUCCCUUCAGUGGACAAGCUCUGCCAACCUCCGGAGGUUCUACAGAGGUCAACCUGCGCCCAACUAGAGUCUUACCAAAAAUCGCCCCAGCCACUGCAGACCCCCAGAGACACCCCUCGGAGGGCCCCGUUGGCAGAAAAAACGCAGCUAAGUGAACUGCCUCCCAAGCCCCAGAUGUCAGAUCUUCCCCCCAAGCCCCAGCUCUCUGACCAACCCCCGAAACGACAACUGUCGAAUCUCCCGCCCAAACCACAGCUCAAGGACCUCCCGCCCAAGCCUCAACUGAGCGACAUCCCUCCAAAGCCCCCUGUCAGUGAGCGGCUCCCUCCGGGCGAGGCCUUGCAGACUGCGAUGGACAAGCAGUCUUGCAGUCAACAGGGGGAGCUAUCCCCCAGACAGGCCAGUGAGGACACCAAUGGAUCCCCGCCAUGUGCAGUGGAAAUGCCUGUGCCGCUGCCUCGGAAGAUCAACACUGGGAAGAGUAAAACUAGACGGUUGAAGACCAUUUACGACUGCCAGGCAGAUAACGAUGAAGAGCUGACCUUUGCAGAGGGAGAGGUUAUCAUCGUCACAGGAGAAGAGGACCCGGAGUGGUGGAUCGGGCACAUAGAAGGAAAUCCCGAGAGGAAAGGGGUUUUCCCCAUGUCCUUUGUGCACAUUCUGUCCGACUGA